AUGUCGGCCUCCAAUGCGGCCCGAUUUACUCGAGUGAUCGCAGUGGUCAUAUCACUCUUCCUGCUGGUCACGGGGCUGAUUUUGAACGCCAUUGGAGCGCUGAGUCCGUCAUGGCAAGUUGUGGACAUUCGGGAGUUCCAGGCGGAACAUCAUGUAAGAUUUUAGCGCUUUUUUUGUUUUAAAAAUAUGUUCUUUUAAAAAUAAUUUUGAAAAAUCCCGCCUAUUAUCCAGACAUUCCAACGUUGCGACUUAUAUUUCAAAUUCUUCAAUUUUCAGCACGGCCUGUGGCUCGAUUGCACCCGCGCCGAUCGCGCUUUCAUGUCGCCGAAUCGACUGGUCGACAAAAGUCCUCUCCACUGCACCUACAAGUUUGAUCAAAACGCGGCUCAGGUGCUAGACGAGAGCCAACGCGAUGCGGAUGCGCACUCGUCCGCCGCCGAAGCGGAACAUCAUCACUUCUACGGCUGGCACAAGGCCGUCCUCCUCUUCAUUGUGCUGUCGUUCGGGGCGGGCUGCAUGGCCGUCAUGGUGGGGUUCUGUUCGCCGUGUGCGCCGGCCUACGCGCUGAUCUACGCGUUCUUGAAUUUCACAACUUGUAAGUUCUUCAGUUUGAAUGGGCUUCACAAUAUUUAGGGUAAAAUAUGUCCUCCUGAGGUUCGCGUGAAAAAAAUGAGAAAAAGACCAUUUUGUCGGGAAAAUAAUAUGGAUUUGUCGCCCCUUUGAAUCGCCCAUGAUUGCCUUGCGACGGCUAGAUGGAGGUUUGGCGCGCGACUGCGUCAAAAGGCAACAUAUUAGGGUGUCCCAUAAGUCUUGCAAAUUUUUGGGUUUAAGAUUGAACGUCUCAUUUCUAACCACGUGGCCACCGGGCAAAUACUUAACAUUCUUUAAUAUCAUCCAGUUUUGGGAAGCGUUAGGAAACCGAUCCCGUUCUUUGUUAAGUGAGGCUGCACCUUUGCAACCACACUUUUUAAUAAAUCUACUGGGUGCUCUGUUUUUAAAUAUCUUUCCACUGAAUUAGAGCUUAUGACGCUGUCCGCACGUUCCUUGUAUCAGGCGUCAUGGUGAAUAUCACGAUGUACACACUUUUGCGUAUAAAAUCUUUUUGAGGGUGGUUUCUCAGGUCGCGCGGUUACCAUAAUGAAAAUAGCAUUAGAUGUAUGCGUUUUAAGUACAAUCCACAUUAUUCUCCCGGCAGACUGAUAGUGAAGUGCCCGUUACAAAAUCUCAGUUGAUGAUGAUUCUUGUUUCGCGAUGUUUCCGUUGUACGGUGCAAAAUAAGAGCUUUUGCACGGCGCCACAAAAAGUCUGCGCAUUUUUGACAAAGCGUUGCAUGAAGAUGGGUUUUGUGGUACGGAGGUCGGUUGUUGCAUAAAAUUCGCUCUGUUGGCUUCUAAAAAUGCUUGUUAUAGACAAGUAUUGUCUUGCGCAGGCUCACUGAAAAAAUAAAUGUCAGUAUGUCGGGAAAAUAAUGAGCAUUGUGUCGAUGAACUGAAAAGCAAUUUGAUUUGACAGCGACACAAUUCAUUUUCUCGGCGGCGAUGCGAUUUUCGAUCCGACAGUGCUCAUUAUUUUCCCGACAGACUAAUAGUACUUUCGAUAUUCAAUAUAAAUCAUGUGGUUGGCAAAAAUGAUAUAUUUUUACUGCAGGGUUUGGCGGAGCCUGCGCCGUUGCGAUCUUCUUCUUUGCGGCGCAUCGAGUGGACGCCCGGUUUGUUCAAGGGCUGGUUGCCACGUAUGAGGUAAGUCAACUUCUUUUUUUGCCUUUUUAAAGCUUUUUAUUUACCACCAUCAUUUCUACUUUUCAUAAUUUCUAUUCCAGCAAUCAAUCGGAUCUGCAUUUUACUUCUACACCAUCGGCGUCAUCCUCCACUUUUUCGUCUUCAUUCUCAGCGUCAUCACGGCGUAUCAGGCGGUCCGCCGCGGCGAUGGCGACGAUGAGUUGCCCAUCCGAGAGCUGGCUCCCCUUUAUCGACAUCAAAUGUACGGAAAGACGGCGGUUUGA